UAGGCAAUAAAUAUCGUAAUACAGUAACUUCGUAAUAAAUAAAUGAUUAUUCAUGCGGUCAGACACGGUGAAAUGUACGUGACACAACUCCACGUGAAUCGUGAGUAGCGCAUGUUAGGAAAUAGUGACAGGGGAUUUUAACCGGAUAAGCUGUGUCCACAUUCAAGCAUCUGUAGCAGACGACACACGCACGGGACAGCUCAGUUCAGGAGCAGUAUCGCAGACGACAGAUUCCAAGUAGCUCAACAAAACCACACAGAAAGAACAAAGCACAAGUAUGACGGGACUGAUCAAACAGAAGCAGUAUGACUGGAAGGAUUCCAAUCUUGCCCUGUUCGGCUCGGAUCUGGAACGCCAAGUCAAAAAGGAGUCCGCCCAAGGAGAAAAAGCAUGGGCAAAAGCGGGACAGAAAGUCGGCGUCCAGAUUUGGAGAAUUGUGAAAUUUCAAGUGACAGACUGGCCUAAAGAAGAUUAUGGCAAAUUCUACAAUGGCGAUUCUUAUAUUGUCCUAAACACCUAUACAGAAGACGGGGCAGACCAGCUUCUAUUUGACGUCCACUUCUGGAUCGGAAAGUACAGCACGCAGGAUGAGUACGGUACCGCCGCCUACAAAACAGUGGAGCUGGACACCUUCCUUGACGAUGUUCCCGUCCAGCACAGAGAAGUCCAGGGCCAUGAGUCGGCGUUGUUCAAAAGCUAUUUCAAGGCCAUCACAAUCCUGGAAGGGGGCGCUGAUAGCGGCUUUAGAACCGUCAAACCUGAAGCAUACAAACCAAGACUCUUCCAUUUUCAUGGAGACAGGAAGCACGUAGAGGUUAAGCAGAUUCCCCGGUGCAGAAGUCGCCUGGACUCUACUGACGUGUACAUACUGGACCUUGGGCUGACCAUCUACCAGUGGAACGGCAAUGGAGCCAACGUCACUGAGAAGACAAAGGCCAUGCAGUAUGUGCAGACCUUAGCGGAAGAGAGGUCAGGGAAGGCCAUCAAUAAGGAGGUGCUGGAUGAACACAGUAUGGACCAGACGCCAUGGAAAAUUAGGCACGAGUUUUAUGGUCUUCUGAACGAAGAUGAUGAAGAAGACACAGACUCACAGUACGAGGCUGGCGACUGCACCACGGAGCUGUACAGGUUGUCCGACGCCACUGGCUCAAUGUCCUUCACCAAGGAAAAAUCUGGAAACGUUUCACAAGGCGACUUUGACAGCAAAGAUGUGUUUAUUCUGGACACGAAGGCAGAACUGUUUGUGUGGAUUGGGAGAAACACUACAACAGCGGAGAAGAAGAACGCCAUGACAUAUGCUCACACGUACCUGAUGCGCAGCGACCACCCCCUCAUCCCCGUCAGCUGUUUCAAGGAGGACAAACCGACCAAAGGCUUCAGAUCGGCCAUUGCUGCAUAAGCCAGAGUGUAUAUUACAUCUUACUUCAAAUGUUUAUUUCAUCUUGUCAAUCGAACAGUGAUAUAUAAACCAUUUCAUCUAUGGAUACACAAUGUCAUAUCGAAAGCGGUCAAAUGUAACACAUGUUAGAUUAAGGAUUCCACUUUCUCAGUAAAGUACAGAUUCUAGUAUUUUCUUGGGUUGAGUCCCAUCCGAAAUUCGAACCCACACCCUCAGAGUCAGGCACCUAAUCGCCAGCACACAGGGUCAGCCGCCUAACCCACUCAGAAACCACGGCUUCACAAAUAUAACGUGUUACAAUUCAUCUAUGUGCAUGAAUAGAAUAGCAGACAGUAUACCUGUGUAAUAGACGAUAUCAAACAACAAGAAAUCAAAUUGUCAUUAUUCACGAAGUCAUUUCCAUACUGAUUCCUGUGGAGAUUGAACUCACAUACUGCAAAUUUCACGUAUAAACCUUGCAUCACUUACUGCAAUUGUUUGGAUGAUUUCUUCUGGAAUAGCGGAUUGGAUUGCAAUUUUAUUUUGUGUACGUCCACAAAUUCCCCUAUACGUCUCCUCGGUCGUGCUUUCUACUCUAUAUUGUACGUAUUGCAAAUAGUCACGAAUUUUUCGAAAGUUCUCUUGUAAAUCAAAUUCAUGUAAAAUGAUGGACCAAAGUGAACAUGAUUGCAAUGUGUUGUUUCGUUUCCGACAUAAUUAGAUGGACCUCUAAUGUUCGUCGUUGUUAAGUUUUAAACCUUUGGUAGUUUAAUAGAUAAUUUUUAUUGUUCAUCUUUCAUUUUUUCAUACAUGCAUACAGCAUCAACAUUUUAUCAUUUUCUAUAAGUUGUGUAAAGUUGUUAAAACUGUUUGUGAUUAGUACUAAAAGUGUUUGUAGAAAUAGUUUUGAAUGCGAAUUGUUAUGAUAGCUAUCAUAGUCGAUUGCCUUUCAAAUACAUACACCACAAUUCUCAAUGUAUUCAUACCGAAUUGAUGUACAUGUAUAUAUCAGUUUGUGUACUACUUGAGGAACGUUAAUAUGGCGCAGCAUCACAUCAUGAAAUAGGCAAUAGUAAGAACGAUUGAUAGGUAUAUUUCCGAAGAUGUCAAACGAUAUACCCAUGUACACUAUUACAAAUUGCGAGUAUACCCGUGGUUAUUUUGUGGAUACUGUCUCCGAUAAGAUUUUAUUAACGGUUUUAUUAAACGUCUAUUUCAAGUAACAGAUCUGACAGUUUAGUCAUAUCAUAUCGGAUCCAUACACAAUAUACUGAAUAAUACAAAAUCUAAUAUUUAAUAUGGAUGUAACUUCACAAUGUAGCUUCGAGCAUCAGACGCAUCAUUUGCUUCCCAUCAACACAGAUUCAUUCCAACUGUAGUCUUCCCUUUACAUGUAAUCAGGAUUGAACAGUCUGCAAAACACUGGGUUUAUUUUCAAUAUUUUCUUGUACCCCUUCUUAAAACACAAGGUUUGGCCAAUUACAAAAGGUGAAAAUGCAUGUUUUACAUGUAUUUAUGUAAGUAACUUAAGUUCUUUUGGAAUCAUCCGUUCCUGAGCAAAUUAACGUUUUGAAAUUAAAAGUGUUUAGUUUACCAACGCUAUGUGGUGUACUAUGUGAUACUACUUUUAUGAAUAAUUUUGUGGUUGGUUAAAAGCUAAAAGUCAAAAAGUUAGAAGCUGCAAAAUCGAUAAUGUUGUUAUAAAAACCGGGCUUAUCCUUUUUUGACAAAUUAUUAAGUUUUAAUGGUCUUGUGUCAAAAUGUUGAUACAUUAUAUUGAUUUGCCACGAUUUAUCUCCGGUUAAAUCGAUUACAAGAAGACCCAAUAUGCACAUCAGAAUGAACGUGUAAUGACACUGGUUUAACGAGAGAGAUAAACCGUAACCAUGGCUGCCAUAUGUAUUAUCGAAACAGCAAAUGACUCACAUCUGCCUGUGUUUUAUCUUCUCGUCUCCAAAUUGAUAAAACACGUAAUACCAUCAAAGACAGUCACAAUUUCAUUGUUUGCUACAAACAAAGACGUACAUGCCACUAUUCUAUUAAGAAGUAUUCCUUAUGGCGAUACAUUUAAGUUAAUCCAGUGGUGAAAACAUUACAUAUUUUUCUUUUAACUCCCUGGCUUAUUAGUACCCUGUCAUCUGUUGAGACAUCGGUUGGUAUGUUUUCUCCUCAUCCAUACAAACUGUAAGUCUCAAAAGACUAGACAACUUGUCGAUUGAUUAAUACACCUAAGUUUUUAAUUCACAUAUACUAUAAUUAUGUAUUAUAUGUUUCGUUCAGUUCAGUUAUCUCAAAGAUGUGUAUGUAAAAAAUAACCUUUAAUCAGAAUUUGGAAAAUAAAGCGUCGAAGUCAA